AUGUCGACAGGCUCCCUCCAAUCUUUCGCUAAUUCCUAUUCGCCUUUCUCGUCGCGGUCGCAAUCCAAUCGAAUGUCCCAGUCUCAGACCCCCGGUCUGGAUACGCUCGCCGAGGGGUCGCAGUAUGCGCUGGAGCAACUGCACCUGGCUCGGCAAGCUGGCGCGACGUCCAAUCCCCCGACCGAUCCCAACGGCAAACCCAUCACUGACCCCGAGCCGUUACGAUCACAAACUCACCAGCUCUACAACGAUCAAAAAUUCCCGGCCGACGGUGGAAAGAACUCUAAGCAACAGCGCGACCCUUUAGCCGAAGCGCGCUCGGCCAUUCGAAAAGACUUUUCUGCCACUCCAGUGCGUCGAAGAAUUAGCCGAGCUUGCGAUCAGUGCAACCAGUUGCGUACGAAAUGCGAUGGGCAACAUCCCUGUGCGCAUUGCGUCGAAUUUGGGCUUGGCUGUGAGUAUGCCCGGCAGCGCAAGAAACGCGGGAAGGCCUCGAAAAAAGACCUGGCGGCGGUAGCCGCUACCAGCUCCGGUAGCGACAAAGGUGUCAACGACAGUGCAUCUCCAAUUGGGCAAACAUCGCAUGAAGCCAACGGUUCCUAUGAUCCGACCUUCGAUGCUGCUCGUACAUUGGCCGAUUCCGCCCAACCCCAUUUACGCAAUGCAAGUGUUGUCAGCAUGCAGCAAAACACGAAUCCACCGCCAGUUCAUUCUCAACAAGCAAUUGGCUCCAGUAUGGACGGCAUGUCGAUGCACUACGGAAACGUGCCAGACUCGAACCGGGCCUCGAUAUCUAUCCCCGACCUUCGCUCCCUUAACAUGAUGCAUCAUGGGAAUGGCAAUCCGCGGUCUCCAUCUGCAAUGCUUCAAUCCCAAGGAUUCGGGUCGGGGUAUAGUGAUAAUACAUAUCCGUUGAUGAACCAGCAGGAGGCAAACUCAGCUUCGAUGAACCAAUUUCGCCUUGGUGGCUCUGGGGAAAACCCUUCCGCGUCAUUUUUGGGAUUCUCCCCUUCAGCCCAGUCGCCCAGCUGGCUCCCUCUUCCACCCCCCUCACCUGCGAACUUUCCAUCUUUCAGCAUGGCUCCCUUUUCCAGCUCUUUACGAUACCCCGUCUUGCAACCAGUCCUUCCCCAUAUCGGCUCUAUAAUCCCCCAGUCUCUUGCCUGCGAUCUCUUGGACGUCUACUUUACCAGCUCUUCUUCGUCACAUAUAUCACCCUUGUCGCCAUAUGUUGUCGGAUUUGUCUUCCGCAAGCAAUCAUUCCUCCAUCCAACGAAGCCAAGACAAUGCAGCCCCGGCCUUUUGGCUAGCAUGCUCUGGGUAGCGGCACAGACGAGCGAGGCUGCCUUCCUGACAUCGCCCCCAUCAGCACGAGGACGGGUAUGUCAAAAGCUCCUUGAGCUAUCGAUCGGGCUGCUUCGACCCCUUAUACACGGCCCAGCCUCUGGAGAAGCCUCACCCAAUUACGCCGCAAACAUGGUCAUCAACGGGGUAGCCCUUGGAGGAUUCGGUGUCUCAAUGGAUCAACUAGGGGCGCAAAGCAGCGCAACGGGGGCUGUCGAUGAUGUCGCUACCUAUGUUCAUCUGGCAACCGUCGUCUCGGCCAGUGAAUACAAGGGAGCUAGUAUGCGCUGGUGGACCGCAGCGUGGUCACUCGCACGAGAGCUCAAACUCGGCCGUGAGUUGCCAUCCAACGGCACAAACCGCCAAGAUGGCGAGUUAGAAGGCGAGUCGGAAUUAGGCCUGAAUGGAAACAAGAGACAAGCAGCAUCGCUUCUCAAUCCGAUGGGCAAUGGCCCUGGAAACUCCGCAGUGGACCUAACGGAGGAGGAGCGAGAGGAGCGUCGACGCAUUUGGUGGCUUCUAUAUGCUAUGGAUCGGCAUUUGGCGCUCUGCUAUAACCGCCCAUUGACACUUUUGGAUAAGGAAUGUGAAAGCCUAUUGCAGCCGAUGAACGACGAUCUCUGGCAGGUGGGCGAUUUCUCAGCCGUUGGCUACCGACGCGCUGGCCCAGCUUUCGAAUGCACCAGCCAUAGCAUGUUUGGCUAUUUCUUGCCGCUUAUGGCAAUCCUCGGAGAAAUCGUGGAUCUACAACAUGCCCGAAAUCAUCCAAGAUUUGGCCUUCAUUUCCGCAACAGUGGAGAAUGGGAGAUUCAAGCUAUGGAGAUCACGCGCCAGCUAGAUGUCUAUGCGCAGAGCCUGAAGGAGUUCGAGACUCGCUACACCAGCUCCCUGUCACUUGGAAAUGGUGACAAUGACACUACGAUGGAUGGAGCCCCUCAUCUCAACCAUGUCAGCCCGUCCGGGCGCUCUAGUAGCACCGUCAAUUCCCACACCAGUGAAAACAUCGUACAUACAAAGAUGGUCGUCGCCUAUGGCACCCACAUCAUGCACGUUCUCCACAUCCUACUUGCUGGAAAAUGGGACCCGAUCAAUCUAUUGGACGAUAAUGACCUCUGGAUAUCGUCCGAGUCUUUCAUUACAGCAAUGGGUCAUGCCGUCAGUGCCGCUGAGGCAGCUUCCGAUAUCCUCGAGUUUGACCCGGACCUGAGUUUCAUGCCAUUUUUCUUUGGAAUCUACCUUUUGCAAGGCAGUUUCUUGCUGCUUUUGACGGCGGACAAGUUGCAAGGGGAUGCCAGUCCGAAUGUUGUCAGAGCUUGUGAGACGAUUGUGCGGGCGCACGAGGUUUGUGUCGUGACCCUCAAUACGGAGUACCAGAGAACAUUCCGGAAGGUGAUGCGGUCGGCUCUCGCUCAAGUCCGUGGCCGUGUCCCCGAAGACUUCGGCGAGCAGCAGCAACGCAGACGUGAGGUGCUCGCCCUGUACCGUUGGAGUGGCGAUGGCAGUGGCCUGGCUCUUUGA